CCAAGGGGACGUCCCCGCCGCUGCCGCCCGCCGGGGGCUCUCCGGCCUCGCCAUGCCGCCGUGGGGCGCCGCCCUCGCCCUGCUCCUGGCCGCGCUCGCCCUGCUUGGCCUGCUCUCCGCGCUGCUGCGGCGCCCCUGGAGGCGCGCCGUCGGAGCGAGGACCCUGCUGGGGGCGCAGGGCCGAGACCACGAGGAGGAGGUGGACGGCGCAGGCUCCGCGGACCAGUUCAGCGACGGGCUUGAGCCUCUGCCCGGCGGGUGCAGGCUCAUCUGUAAGCCGUCGGCGCUGGCCCAGUGCCUGCUGCGCGCCUUGCGACGCUCGACAGCGCUGGAGCCGGGCCCGCGCUCCUGGCUCUCCGGGCCCCACCUGCAGACCCUCUGCCAUUUCGUGCUGCCUGUGGGGCCGGGGUCCGAUCUGGCCCGGGAGUACCUGCAGUUGGCGGACGAUGGGCUGGUGGCCCUGGACUGGGUCGUGGGACCUUGCGCCCGGGGCCGCCGGGUCACCAACGCCGGGGGCCUCCCGGCGGUGCUGCUGGUGAUUCCCAAUGCCUGGGGACGCCUCACCCGCAACGUGCUCGGCCUCUGCCUGCUGGCCCUGGAGCGCGGCUACUACCCGGUCAUCUUCCACCGUCGCGGCCACCACGGCUGCCCACUGGUCAGCCCCCGGCUGCAGCCUUUCGGGGACCCGUCUGAUCUCAAAGAGGCCAUCACUUACAUCCGCUUCCGACACCCCGCAGCCCCGCUGUUCGCGGUGAGCGAGGGCUCAGGCUCGGCGCUGCUGCUGUCCUACCUGGGCGAGUGUGGCUCCUCCAGCUACAUGACCGGUGCAGCCUGCAUCUCGCCGGUGCUAUGCUGCCGCGAGUGGUUUGAGGCCGGCCUGCCCUGGCCCUACGAGCGGGGCUUUCUUCUCCACCAGAAGAUCGCCCUCAGCAGGUACGCCACAGCCCUGGAGGACACAGUGGACACUGGGAAACUGUUCAGGAGCCGCUCCCUGCGAGAGUUUGAAGAGACCCUCUUCUGCCACACCAAGAGCUCCCCCAUCAGCUGGGACACCUACUGGGACCACAAUGACCCCCUCCGGGAUGUGGACGAGGCAGCCGUACCUGUGCUGUGCAUCUGUAGUGCCGACGAUCCCGUGUGUGGGCCCCCAAACCACUUUCUGCCAACUGAACUCUUUCACAGCAACCCCUACUUCUUCCUCCUGCUCAGCCGCCACGGAGGCCACUGUGGCUUCCUGCGCCAGGAGCCCUUGCCAGCCUGGAGCCACGAGGUCAUCUUGGAGUACUUCCGGGCCUUGACUGAGUUCUUCCGAAUGGAAGAGAGGAUGAAAGGGCUGAGCAGGCGCCGAGUUUCGUUCCUAGGGGGCCGGCGUCGCUGGGGAACCCUGCCAAAGCGGGAGGUCUCUCCCUCUUCCAACCUGGAGGAGAUCUUUAGCUGGAAGAGAUCGUAUACAAGGUGAGACCUGACCCAAGAACCCACCAGCCCUGCGAGGAAGAACAGAGCUGGGCACGGCUGAGUCCUGAAAAGGCAGUGAGGACUGAAUGGCGCAGGCAGCUUCCGCUCUUUGCCCCGAUUCAGCCCCUUCUCUCUUAAACUGGUCUGUGGAAAGAGAUGGAACUUCCAGCAAGCUAGCAUUAAUUUGCCUCUGAGCAGAACUCCUGCCCAGGCCCUGCUCUACACAUGCCAACUCAUCCUGGCUCAGCAGCUGGGCAUUCCCCGUCACUGUACCCUGUCACCGACUUCAUAAGCCAAAGAAUAUCUCCAUGUAUGUCCCUGGACUCGAGAGAAAAUGCUCGCUCCCAGCAAAGAUACAGAGGAGAUGAGUUUUGUGAGCCAUUGGGCAGGUCUGUGCCACAUACAUAAUCAGCUCUGCGACGCUGGUUCUCAAGCUGGAGCCACUUGAUGUAGUGAGGAGAGGUUUGUGUCUUGAUGGCACUUCCCUCGU